GCGAGACUGGCUUACAACAGUUGCCAGAAAGCUAACAAAAUGCGACACUCCUCGCACUUCUAGGGCUAACAAGUUAGCUUAGAACUCGUGUGAGGAAAUCAAGUGUUUGUCUUACCACUUCGCUUCACAAAUGAUUCAAGCCACUGGUGAGGACGUAAUAAUGACAACGGAUGGUAGUGGCCCGCCUCAGCCCUCUUAUUGUGACACAAGAUGGUCACAGCAGAUGUCACGCCUGCCUCCUAAGCUAUUGGAGCGCUUGAUGCCAUUCCAAAGGGAAGGAGUGCGAUUUGCCUUAUCUAAAAAUGGAAGAGAUGUCUUCACUUCCUUCGGCUUCUCGUCAACCCUCAGCCUCCAGGCGCAAAGUCGAGGCCCAGUCCCGGAAAGGGUCUCAAGUGCCGUGGCCACAGUCUUUGCCUGGACGUCGACUCGGCCCCUGGAAACCUCAGAUGUAUGAUUGCUGAUGAGAUGGGUCUUGGCAAGACGGUGCAGGCCAUUGCUGUGUCAUACGCUUUCAGGAAGGAGUGGCCCCUACUUGUAGUGGUGCCCUCAUCCCUCAAAUACCUCUGGAUUGAGGAGUUGGAGCGCUGGAUACCUGAGCUGCAGCCUGGUGACAUCAAUCUCGUGGAGAACAAGAGUGACACCAUGGGUAUUAGCAGGAGUAAAGUGACUGUGCUGGGCUACGGCCUCCUCACUACAGAUGCACGCCCCCUGGUGGAAGCUCUAAGCAGGCGGGCCUUCUCUGUGGUUGUGGUGGAUGAAUCACACUACCUCAAGUCCAGGAAUGCAGCUCGAACUAAGCUUCUGGUGCCUCUCAUUCGGAGUGCCAAGCGAGCCAUCCUGCUUACCGGUACGCCUGCCCUGGGUCGCCCUGAAGAGCUUUUUAUGCAGAUUGAUGCACUUUAUCCUAAAAUGUUUGGAACAUGGACUGAUUACGCCAAGAAAUACUGUAAUGCCCAUUACAGGUACUUUGGGCCUCGCAGGCAGUGGGAUUGUAGGGGGGCAUCUAACCUGGAGGAGCUGCACCAGCAGCUGAGCCAGAUCAUGAUCCGUCGCCUUAAGGCUAAGGUGCUUAGUCAGCUUCCUCCCAAAAUCCGCCAGCGCAUUCCGUUCGACCUUCCAAAGGAUGCUGCUAAGGAGGCCACAGCCAGCUUUGCAGAGUGGGAGAGACUGAUGAAGGGAUCUGGGUCAGAGGUUGUUGCCAUCAGCAACUCCUUCGCUGAGGUCAUGAGCCUGAUCACACGGAUGUACAAGCAAACAGCAACCGCCAAGGCUGGAGCUGUGAAAGACUACAUCAAAAUGAUGCUGGACACAGAGCAACUCAAGUUCCUGGUUUUCGCCCACCACCUCACUAUGCUGCAAGCCUGCACCGAGGCUGCCAUUGAGGCGAAGGCUGGUUAUAUUCGUAUCGAUGGCAGUGUCCCAUCUUCUGAGAGAGUCCAGUUAGUUCACAAGUUUCAGAAUGAUCCAGAAACAAGAGUGGCCAUCCUCAGCAUUCAGGCAGCUGGUCAGGGUUUAACCUUCACUGCUGCCAGCCACGUGGUGUUUGCCGAACUCUAUUGGAACCCCGGGCACAUUAAGCAGGCUGAGGAUCGUGCCCACCGUAUUGGACAAACGUCGUCUGUCAAUGUACACUACCUGAUUGCCAACGGUACCUUCGACAGUGUGAUGUGGUCCAUGCUCAACAGGAAGGAAUCUGUGACCGGUAGCACACUGAAUGGAAGGAAGGAGUACCUGAAGGCCGAGGAGGGUGACAAAGACAAAUGGGACUUCCUUAACUUUGCCAGCGCGUGGACGCCUGGCAAGCUUCUCUUGGAGAGGAAUACUGGACUUGAUGCAGAUGAGGACGUGUACUUUACACAUUUUGAAAGGGAGAAACAACAUGACAUUCGGAACUUCUUCUCCCCGAGUACCAACAGGGAGAAGAAGAGGAAACGAUUGCAAGAUGAAGCAGAAUCUUCUUACACCUCCUCAGAAAUCAACAAUUCUGCAGCUUGCAGUGGAGCAAUCUCUGAGACAAAGAAAGAAGAGUCCUUUCAGGCGUCCAUCACAGACAACUGCGAUUUCUCCCCGCAAAUUAAGAGGAUCCGGGAGUUGCGCUCCAGUCCAAGCCAAAGGUCUGGAUUCAAGGUCAGGCGAAGGGUGAAGCAGGAGGCAAGCAUGCCAGCCUGCUUCAUGGCUCAACAAUAUCUUUUGGAGUCAAACCCUUCCUGUGAGCCAUGGGCCUGUGCGGUGUGUACAUACUCGAAUAACAACUUGCUGCCUUACUGCGAGAUGUGUGAGGCGCCACGGUCUUCUUCAGUUUUAAUAUCUGAGCCCACCAGGUCUGAGUCACCUCCAGCGGAAACAGAGCAGAUGUGUCACAUCCAGUCCAACUCCGACCAAGAACUGGAGCUCAGUUGUCAGAAGCUGCACACGACGAAAUUGUGCAAAGGCAAACAGAGUGGGGAGGAAGAUGAGCUGCCAAAAGACAAACAGAAAGCAAGAGAGACACGGGGAGGGGACAACCAGCAGCUCAAAGGCAAACAAUCAAUGGAAAAGCAAGGUGGCGGCAGCGGCACUGGUGGUGGCAGCUGCGUCCUUCUUGAACACGCUCACGAACUGAAAGCUAAUGACAGUGAAGAAGGAGGUGAUCCUGCAUACCAGUCCCUGCUGUUCUGCGCCAGCCAAUACACAGAUCGAAUAUAUAUCUACAAUAAGGAUGGUGCUCCAUUGAACUUGAGCUUCAUCCCUCUAGACAUCAAACUAACCAACUGGGACGACCUGCCUGAGGACUUCAGCCAGCACAGAGAAAAUCGAUUACAGGUUCUGCGCUUCGUUCAAGAAUGGUGUGGGUUGGCAGCCAUGAAGCAGAAGCUGCUCCGGCGUAGCAAUCUCUUCUAUCACAGCCCGACGCUCGGCUUGCAGCAGCUGGCCACCUCCCAGCGACAGCACAACAGCACCAGGAGGUACCUCACUCGGGAUGAUGUGGCCCAGGCCUCACUGAGCCAGGCCCAGCAGGAGGGAGGCAGUGUGCGGGUGGUUGCCAAGGAGGACUUCUUCAGGAAGAGGAAGUCAAUCUCUUCUCUCAAUUCACUCAUUUCAGUCAGGUUUCCGAUGACGUCACCACAUUCCCAGGAGUCCCUUGUCCACCAUUUUGUGUGUCUGAAGCAAGGGAAGCGUCUGUCACCAAACAGCUCGGGGAAGUUUGUUGUCGAGCAGCCAACACCAGGCUUCCUGCAGGCGAUGGACCGCCAGUGUGUCCCUUUGUGUUUGUCCUGCCAGAAGGCCUGCUUGACAACUUGUCGGGCCUGGGACACCCGAUUCUGCAGUAACAAAUGCCAGGAGGAGUUUCAUUUGCGCUCCAGUCAGACGUACAUGCGCUCGCGAGUGCUAGAGGUGGAGCGGGGUGUCUGUCAGCACUGCGGCCUCCACGCCCACGACUUAUUUGUGAAGGUCCGCGAUGCACCGCCAUUUCAGCGCAAGGAGAUACUGGAGAACACUUGGCUCGCCCAACUGUCACUCAAACAGCUGAACGAGAUGAUCCGUGCUCCGGUGGAAGGUGAUUUCUGGCAAGUGGAUCACAUCCGUCCUGUCUACAGCGGUGGAGGACAGUGCUCUCUGGACAACCUGCAAACACUCUGCACCGUCUGCCACAGAGCUAGGACAGCUCAGCAGGCCAAGGAGAGGAGCCAGAUGAGGAAGAGCGCCACAGCCAGCAAGGUUGCGUCAGACAUCAGCAGAUUCUUCAUCAAGAAAUGAUGCUCAGCGCACACUGAGGUGCAUUGUUGAGUCCCAACCGGCACUCACAAGAUGCAUCAUGAUUUUUCUCUGUUAUUGGAAACAAAAGGCCAAACUACUUUGUUAUCCACCCCCUUUUUUUUCCAUGGCGAUAGUGAACAGGGACAGUGAGCACAUCCCCCUCUCCUCCCUGAACCAUCACAAGUGUACAGGGGGUUUGAUUUAUUGCAGCCCCCUUUUUGCUUUAGGCAUAAAUGGAGCAGGUUGCCUCAGAGAAGCAUUGCUAUUUUCAGAUUUUGCAAACUUAGUGCAAUGUUGCAUGUGAGUUAGGUGAUAAAUUGAAAGCAUACUGUCCAACAAGCAAUGCCUUAUUUGUGUGGCUUUUUGGAAGAUGGAUGACUAUCUUGUGGAAUAAAAACCUAUUU